AUGGUAAGCUUCAAAGGAAGAUCUUCACUGAAACAAUAUAUGCCACAAAAACCUGUGAAAAGAGGCAUAAAAUUAUGGUCUAGAUGUGAUGCCAAAACAGGAUAUACAUACGAUGCAAAUGUAUAUUGCGGCAAGGACGACGUUGAAAGGAGCAGAACUUUGGGCCGAACUGUUGUAAAAAAAUUAUGUGAAACUAUACAAAAUCCAAACGUAGUUCUGGCCUUUGAGCGAUUUUUUACACCAGUCCGUUUGAUGGAUUCCCUCCAAUACCCAGCUGUGGGAACAGCCAUUAUUAUAAGAAAAGACAUGCCAAAAAAAUUCAUUGAAAAACGAAAAGUCUUAUCAAAUCAAACAAACUCUAUUGCGAUCAAAUGGCAAGAUACAAAGCAGGUUAUUCUUUUCAUUAACUGCCAUACCCCUGAUAUGACCUGUGUGAAGAGAAAAGACAAGACUGGGCAGAGAGUUGACGUACAAUGUCCCACUGCUAUUGCAUACUACAAUGAAAUCAUGGGUGGUGUGGAUCUGACUGAUCAGAUGAGUGCUGUGUAUGACUUUGGCAGAAAAUCAUGCAAAUGGCGGAAAAAAGUAUUUUAUCGACUUUUGAUGAUUGCUGUUGUUAACAGCUGGGUAAUAUAUAAUGACUUACGUCUUACCCAAAAAAAGAUACCCUUACUGGAAUUUUUAUUUACCUUAUCAGAGGACCUAAUCGAAGAAGGACAACAGCAAACUUCAGUCAAACUUCGAAGAAACAGUUGUGGAAGGUCAUCAAAGUGA